AUGUUUGAAUUCUUCUUCAAAGAAGAAGAAGAAGAAGAAGAAGCAGUACUCAAAGUUAAAGAAAAUAGCAAAAACUACGAUGACAUAAAAUUUUGUGAUUCUACCAAAGACGAAGGACCAGCAGUCUGCAACAGCUGCAACGCAGUUAUAACAGGCAGACCACGAGGGAAAAGUAAUCUUCUAACAAGAUCACAAAGAUUGGUAUCACACUUAAACAUAAUAAGUGAACCAUACAGAAUUCUCUGUGGGGCGUCGCAUAGCGAUGAACAUUGCAAACACGCAAAGGCUAUACACAAAUGGGCAUUUGGACACAUGUCACAACGAGAGGACGAACAAAACUUUUAUGUCCUAGUCAGCGUCGUCAUCGUCAAGGCCUUGGACAAGAAGUGGCACCCUGAACAUUUCACGUGUCACACAUGCCGGAAACCCAUAGACGGUGCAAAGUUCCACCAGCACGACGGCGGUGUCCACUGCGUACCCUGCUUCGCUCAACAUCACAGCCCUCGCUGCCACGGCUGCGGCGAACCAAUCACCGAUAGGGUGAUCCAAGCUUUGGGCGUGUCGUGGCACGCGAACCACUUCGUAUGCGGCGGAUGCAGGAAAGAAUUAGGCGGUGGCGGCUUCAUGGAACAGGCUGGACGGCCGUUCUGUUCGGCGUGCUACGCGGACAAGUUCGCUGCGCGUUGCAACGGCUGUGCCAAGCCCAUCGUGGACAAGGCCAUCAUCGCCCUCGACGCCAAAUGGCAUCGCGAGUGUUUCACUUGCAAAAAAUGCUGCAAUCCUGUGACAGACUCGACCUUCUCGGUGCUGGAUAACAAACCCCUUUGCGGAAAGUGCGCUUAAACAAUUUCAAGCGACUCAUAAUUUAUUAUUUACCCGUAAACAUAAGAUUAAAAGUGCACUUACAAACUAGACACAUCGGCAGGUCCUCUAAAUAAUGAAAUAAUUAAUGCAUUUCAAGAGUUUGCAAAAUAUAUCUUAAGUACAACUUUUUUAUUUAAGAAUAUAGUGCACAUUUUGGCCAAGUGGAUUUAGAAGAAAUGUCUAAGGCAUUUACACUUCCUUUAUUAGAAAUAAGUUCAAAGAAACUUAAGCCGUAGCAUGCACAAAAUAUAUUUAAAAACGUAUACUGAUGUUUCUAUUUACGUACUAUUUAUAUAUUUUUAAUAUAUUGGAAAGCGGAGGCAGUGAGAAAUAUUGACUUAACAGUAUUUUAAGAGAUUUUUUCAAAGCGUUAAGUGCAGAAAGACAUUUUUGUUGUAAAUAUUAUAAUAUUUUAAGAGCUUCAAUUUGAGCUUACAAAUAACUAUUUAUUCAUUACAAUUUUCUUUCAUCUAAAAUUAAAUGCUAGAUUUAUUUUUUGUAUGCUUUACUGUACCAUUUUUUAAAUAAAUUAUUUUUGUUGUAA